AUGCCUCCCCUCCCCCUCCUCCUCCUUGUCCUCCUCCUCCCCCCUCCCCUCCCCCUCGCCAGAGCCCAGGUCGGUAACACCGGCCCUUCCGGACCUUACUACAGCUCCUACACCCCCUCCGUCGCCAUCAUCAUCGUCAUUUUAGUCGCCGCCCUCUUCCUCACCGGCAUCUUCACCAUCUAUAUCCGCCACUGCGGCCAAUCAUCCGACUCCGCUGCGCCCAACCUUGCCGCUCGCUCCAGACGCCAGGCUCGCGGUCUUGAUGCCGCCGUCAUCCGCUCUUUCCCAACUCUUGACUACUCCGCCGUUAAGAUUCACAAGAUUGGAAAAGGUGCCCUUGAAUGCGCCGUCUGCUUGAACGAGUUUGAGGACUCCGAAACACUCCGUCUCAUCCCCAAGUGCGACCACGUUUUCCAUCCCGAAUGCAUCGACGAGUGGCUGGCCUCCCACACUACCUGCCCCGUCUGCAGGGCCGACCUCAUCCCUAAACCGGGCGACUCCGUUCAUGCAGUGCCCGUGCUUGAGUCGCACGCCAAUAUGGAAACCCAAAACGAAGCUGGGGAAUCCCCGGGGGUUGACUGUGAGGCCGCCGAGCCUGACGUUAUGCGAGUCAAUCAGAAGCUGAACCGGAACGGCACGCGAGGUUCUCGGUCAAGUCAGACGGUAUGGUGGGCGAGGUCUCACUCGACUGGGCACUCGCUGCUCCAGCCCGGGGAAAACAGCGACAGAUACACUUUGAGGCUGCCGGCGGACGUGAGGAAUCGGCUGCUAAAUCAGAAAUUUCAUCGGGCGACAAGCUUGGUAAUCUUGCCUGGGCAGAGCAGUUCAAGGAAGGGGUAUCGAAACGGAGGUGAGAGUAGUAGCAGGGGGAGGUUUUCAAGGCGACUGGACCGCGGGCUUAAAUCAGACCGAUGGGUUUUCACGAUGGCGCCGCCCUUCUUAGUGAGGGCGUCAUCGGUCAGGUCUCCCAAGGUGGCUGGCAACGGUGCCGGCGUUGAAGAGACCUCCUCCGAUCCCAUCAUGCCACCACCGGCGGUGGACUCGUCCCGGCCUCCGGUUUAGGAACACACCUUUUGCUUUGAGCCUAGAUUUAUUACGCGGGUGCAGCAGUAGUGCAAAAGAUGGAGACCUUCUGCUUCCCUCUGCAACAACAUCUUGUAGAUUCACCUAAAUUUUUUCUCAGCCACGAUUUCCAUUCAUUCCUAUAGAUCGCUGGGCUGACUUGGUCGGAAUAAUGUAAUUAAUCUGAAGAUUGUUGUGUGGGGCAUUGACCUUUGAAACGAGCACGAUGAUAUGCUGGCCGAUCGAAAAAGAAACGGGCACCAUGUAAUAAUAUAGAAAUUUGCACGAUAAUAUUAAUAUUUUUUGGUGUGAUAGCCCGAAUACAUGUAAUAUGGAGAAGUAGCUUAUUUUCAACUCUUUUUUUGUUC